UUCACCAACAACAAAUCUUUGAACGACAGUGACAAGUUUAACCUUCCCACUGAAAUGCCCUUCACCGACACCACCAUGAACAUCACCAGUACCACCAAUGACAUGAACAUCACCAACCCCAACAGCACCACCACACUCGCAACAACAAAGCAGAAAGGUGGUAAAACUACUGAAGGUGGCAAAACCUUCAUCACAUCCAAAACUACAUCCAAAACUACAUCUGCUCCUAACAAAAGAAAAAAUAAUGACUCUUCUCCUGGGGGAUACGACACGGGUAUGUACGUCAUUAUUUCGAUCAUCAUCGUGGCUGUUGGAUUAGGAGUUGUUUGCUACGUGGUGCGGAAUAGAGGAAGACGCCAGUCUGUCGACUUCAUGUCCAGACACGAUGAAGCCAACGUCCCUCUCAGCAUUAUGGACCAUGAGCCUGUUGACACCAUCUCUCAGAAUGGUCUGCAAACUUUUGAAACUACAGCGAAAGAGCCCCAAGAACCAGAGACAAAACCUGAGGGACAAUUGGAUCAGAAACGUGACAGCAAAUCUGUGGCCGCUGAGGCUGAUAAAUCUGUUGUCGAUCCCAGCGCUGAGUCUGCAGCUGCGGCUCCUUCUCCACACGACUCUGAGGACAAACCCAAAGAGGACGUGGCCAAGCCCAGUCCGACUCCUGCACCUGUGCAGCCGAGCUUGGAGGAGAAAACCGAUGAUGAAGGCGCCGACUCCAACAAGACCUCAGUGGAGUCGCUGAAGGAGACAAAUGAGAACAACAGCAACAAUGCCGUCUUCAGACAGAAGACAGAUCUGGAUUCGAGCAUUUUCUGGGCCGUUCCACUCGACUCUCCCGUGUGACAUCAUUGCCUCGCUGUCCUCAAUGCCAUUACUCACAAUCUUGGUAAGAUCAGAGUGUAUAGAUAAGUUCCUCUGGUCCAGCUCAGCCAGCUCAUGUGUUAGUAGAGAAAAAACCUCCAGCCCAAAUACUCACAUCCAUACAUCACUGGAUGCAGGAGAAUAUAAUCACUAUGUCCAUCAUAAUAACUUUUCUGGAGCCAGAA